AUGGAUCCAAGUCAGAGCUUAAACCUUGAAGAUUCUGACAUUCCACUUGCUGAUGAAGAUGCUCAAGUGAUUUUGCCUGAGAACAGCCAUGGGAUCCCUCCAGCUCAGCAAUUAAACCCAGAUCCUGAGGAUGGAGCUGAACCCUACAGCUCUGUUUUCCUGCAAGAUCAAUACAGUCCCUUCAACAGCCUGGAUCCUGAUGCAAGUCCAGAUGAACAGGAAGAGAAGGCAAGACUCAUUUCUCAAGUUCUAGAAUUGCAGAACACUCUGGAUGAUCUCUCACAGAGGGUGGACAACGUGAAGGAGGAAAACUUGCGGCUGAAAUCUGAGAAUCAGGUACUUGGCCAGUAUAUUGAAAAUCUCAUGACUGCAUCUUCUGUAUUCCAGUCAACCACCCAGACUGGUAAGAAGGGAAAAAAAUGA